AUGCCUCCGCAGAUAUCAGAUGAGCAGCUUGGCGACGCGAUUCUUCAGUCAGCCGAGCAUGGAACAUUUCCGCAAGAUGGAGAUGUGGCAUCUGCGACCAUACCGUCGAGCGCACUCCCUAAGCUGCUAGAGAAGGUUGGAAAGGCAAGAGAGGAUGCCAAAGACGAAGUGCGCAAAGUGUCCCGCGAAGCCGCGUCCGACGUCGACGGAUGGAUAGCGCAAGCCCGAAAGCUGCAAGACGACAUCAAGCGCUCCCAAGAUACCGCCAAGGAGAUUGUACAACUCGCUGAAGAAGGAAAGGCGAAUACUGCGCACGUCCAAGAUGCAGCCAGUAAGCUCAGCCUGCUGCACACCGAGCUUGCGUACAACGAGAGUUUGGCGCGCGUCGUCGAGCAGCUGAGAGACAUCUCCACACUACUGGACUCGGCGCAGGAUGCCGCCGUUCGAGGUCAUGUUAUGUAUGCUAUUCAGCGUCUCGAGGAUGUGGACAGUGCAUUUAAGAGUCUGGGACCGUUCCAAUCUACACGCGUGGUGGGUGUUUUGAAGAGCAAGGAGUCGCAAAUGCGCAAGGCCGUUGUUGAAACGGUCACGGACACCUGGAAUCGACUGUUGGAGGUUGAUACUGCAAACAACAAGGUCACUUUGAGGGACUCGAUCGAACAAGAAACCACGAUCAGUGUCAACGAUGUCGUCGAGCAGCUCACAAAGCUUGAUCUCCUGGACAACUUGAUCGCCCGCUUUUGCCGCGAUUUUGACAAGACGAUCUUAUCGCACCGCCUUAUCAUCGGCCAGGAUCAAAUCGUCACCGCAUUCGAUAUUCAAGGUGACAGUAUACAGCUUACGGGGCCUGUCAACGAUGGAAGUGUCAAGGCGACCCUGGAAGACAUUCACAAGAUCGCUGAGUUCCUCAGCACUCGUUUACCACCUUCUAUUGCCUUACCACUCUCAUCGAAGUUGGUACCCAUCAUCGCAUCGCGUUUGAUCAAAGAGUACCUCCACCCCGCGGUACCAACUUCCACAGACGGAGUUCAGGACUUCCAGGUUACACUUUCCUACGUCCUGGGUCUGGUAGAGUACCUCGAUGAGCUUGAGUGGACCGGCCAAAGUCGCUUGACCGAGUGGGUUGAUAAAUCAGCCGAGAUCUGGCUAGCCAAACAGAAGGAGAGUGCCAUUGCCCGAGUGCAAAAGCUGUUUCCGAAACAAGUCAAGAUCAAGAAGACUGUGGAGAAGGUGGAAACACAGGUCAUCUCGAAGGGUGAUGCGUUACACCCUGCACAGGAUGUAGAUGCUGAACAGGAAAACGACUGGGGCGCCGACUGGGGAGACGACGAUCAACCUGUCAAGGGGGACGGGAACACUGCGGCACAGGAUCUGGAAGAAGAGGACAUGAGCGCUUGGGGGAUUGAUGAAGAUGAGCCUACAGAAGAAACAAAAGUUGAAGCAAAAGCAGAAGAAAAGAAGCCUGCUGAAGACGAAGACGCAGAAGAUUGGGGUAACGACUGGGAUGAUGACGAAGAGACAAAAUCAGCACCUUCACCGCAAGCGCAUACAAAAUCGCCACGUGGCAAGACCAACGGGCAGCCUACACAACAGCCGCCUACAGAACAGCACGUCACACUGAGGGAAACUUAUACUGUGACAGCUAUCCCGGACUCAAUCAUCGAGAUCAUCCUACAGGUAGUCACAGAUGUAGAGACCCUCAACUCACCCGAGCUCGUCAAAUCCGCAAUCUCGCCUGCGAGCGGGGGCUUGUUCGCUAUUCCUAGCUUACUUCUCGCGAUGUAUCGGGCUACCGCUUCAGUGCACUACUCUACCGACGCUGCAGGCAAUAUGCUCGUCUACAACGACUGCGAACGGCUUUCGGAUCGGUUACGGACAGUUAUACACGACCAAGCAGAGAAAGACCGCUCUUCAAGUCUUCCGCAGCUGCUCCGACCUUCAGUUCGCCUGACACCUAAGAUCGAGGCCGAUAUCAAGACGAUAGAUGGCUUCAGUCGGAGGGCGUACGGAAAAGAGAUGGAGUCGCAAAGACAGAUUAUCAAAGAUCAUCUUGAGGACGCGCAAGGCUUCCAAGGAUGUACCAACGUCCCAUUUGCAACGGUAUGCGAUGACGCCAUCGCGACAACAAUCGACCGCAUUGGCGGUGUGAAGCGACAAUGGCAGAGCAUAGUAUCUCAGAGGGUUCUCGUUCAGUCUCUUGGAUCGCUUGUCAGCACUGCAUUCACAAAGUUCAUCAAUGAUGUGCUCGAUAUGUCAGACAUUGCAGAGGAUGAGUCAACAAAGUUGCACAGUUACUGCAUGUCAUUAGCGACACUUAAUCAGUACUUCCAAACACAAGAGGAAGGAGAGACCAGGGACACAGCAAGCUUGUACGUCCAAAACUGGUUCAGACUGCAGUAUCUCGGUGAGAUACUGGCUGGAAGCCUGGCAGAUAUUAAGUAUCUGUGGAAUGAGAGUGAGCUUAAGCUGGAGAUGGGUGCUGAAGAAGUUGUAGGCUUGAUCGAGGCUCUGUUCGCCCCCAGUGAUCUCAGAAGAAGAGCGAUCGCGGAGAUCAGGAGGACAACUGCGACUACGCUUCACGGAUGCCGAUUGGCUAGCGGAGUCGCUAGCGUGGCCCCACCUGCCGUUCGAAAAGUUCCAGGAAAUUUCCAGACGCCAACGGCGAUCGCAACAGCAGAACGGACGAUAGCAUUCGAAAUGGAGUACACCGCCUCAGACACCAAGGUGCAGAUUCGCCUCAGCACUCGCGAUCCUGCUCUACAGAUCGCCGAGGAUCCGACAGUAUUGCUGGUGCAGACUUCUCUGAGCCGACACCAGCUUUCUACCCUCGUGAACGACCUCCUGCACCGUGACGCAAACCGUAUCCCGUUCGACAUCCUCAUCAACGGCCAAUUUCUGCGCACCUCGAUAGAUGAAUUCCUCACGAAGAACGGUAUCAACGCAGAGAAUACCUUGGACGUCGAGUACACACGGGCCCUGGUUCCACCGCUCAAUGUCACAAGCUUCGAGCACGAUGAUUGGGUCUCAGCUGUAGAUGUGCUGUCCCGAUCCUCGCCGGCGGGGUUGUGGUCAGGCGGAAACGUGCAGAGCGGCCAGGAGAGGAUUUUGAGCGCUAGUUACGACGGUCUCGUACGCGUAUGGAACACCUCUGGCGACGUUCUAGCGACAUCGGAGGCGCCAAACAAUGGCGGCAGGAUAACAAGCUUGAAGACUGCGAAGUGGCUGUCCGACAAGAAGAUCGUUGCGGCGGGUCUGGACAACACAGUUCGAGUCUACAAGUAUGAUGAUGAUGCGCGCACUAUCACAACGAGCCUUGAGCUAUUUAACCACAGGUGGGCUGUUGAGGACAUUGCCGUUCACGGGCCCUCCAGCCGCAUCCUCUCCGCCUCCUCAGACAGCACCAUCUCCCUCUUCUCCAGCAAUACCAAGGAAAGCCCGGUGGCGCCCGCAAACCUCCUCCCCAACUCGACCGCCGCCUCAAACAAGCGCCAGAAACUGUCAAAGCCCGACCGCACAGUCCCCGCGCGCGGCGCACUCGCAACCUUCACCGGCCACGCAGCGCCUGUUUCCAGCGUCAUCUUCAAGCCUGACGACGCAACAGUCGCCUACUCCGCCUCGCACGACCACACCAUCAAGACCUGGGACUUCCCGACACAGUCCUGCGUCGACACCCGCACAACCGGCCACGCCCUCCUCUCGCUCUGCGCCAUACCCGCGCGCAACCUCCUCGCCACUGGUACCUCAGCGCGCCACAUCACGCUCGUCGACCCGCGCGUCUCCGCCACCCAGAUUAGUGUUAUGACGCUGCGCGGCCACAAGAACGGCAUCGUGUCGCUCGCCACCGACCCGAACUCCGAGUACAAUCUCGUCUCCGGCUCGCAUGACGGCACCUGCCAGAUUUGGGAUCUGCGCAACGUCACCACGGGCGGUCAGGUCGGCGAGGGCAUGGCCGGCGAGAGCGUGUACACGAUCAACCGGCAGGGCGCGAGCGGGCCGGCCAAGAGCCACGGCGAGGGCGUCAAGGUGUUCAGCGUGAACUGGGACAAGGAGGUAGGCAUUGUGAGCGCGGGCGAGGACAAGAAGAUCCAGAUCAACCGUGCGCUGGACUUGUAA